ACUGCAUUCGAACAAGGAACAGCUUCACUGACGUUACAUCGUAUAAUAUGGGCUGAUUCAAGCGAUCCUGAUCGCCGGCUUAUCCUCCAUCACUCUCUUGUGAAGUCUACGGAGAAACAUCACAAAUCGAUGUUCAGUCGUGGAGGGAAGAUUAUCGUUCGUCUUGAACCAGCGCCGGCGAACAGUGUUGGACCGCAACGAACGAGCCCAUUUAAUUAUAUACGUCUCGUAUUUCGAGCCGGUGGCGAAGAAGAUUUUCACAAAAAAUACGAGGAAGCUCUGAAGCGAAAAACGUGGCAACGUUCAAGCUCAGGGUCAAGCUCGGGCGGAUCGAGGACUAGCCAAGGUAUUCAGAUGCGGCCUGUAGGUAUCGCUGGCCUCGAAAAGCGUUUGGCGGAAAAUCAUCAGCGAACGCAUGAGACUAUCAGUCAGGCCUUUGAAGACAUGUCUCGUUUGAUGGAAACUGCUCGCGAUAUGGUCAAUCUUUCAAAGAGUAUUUCCGAGAAGCUCCGCUCUAGAAGAGGUGAAAUAACGGAAGACGAGACUAUUGCGUUCAAAUCAUAUUUGCUAUCUCUCGGUGUCUCGGAUCCUGUAACUAAAUCGGUUUAUGGCAGCGGAGCAGUCUAUUUUGAGAAGCUCGGUGAUGAAUUACGUACAGUACUUCUUGAACCGUUAAAGGAAUGUGGAGGAAUGAUGACUCUUGCCGGAGUAAAUCGUGCAAGAGGUUUGGAACUGCUCUCACCAGAAGAUCUUCUGAAUGCAUGUCAAGCACUGAGCAGGCGACCAGAUUCGCCUAUGGAGUUACAUCGUUUCGCGACAGGAGUAAUAGUACUGCAAUUGAAAACGGCAUCUAUAGAUAGUAUGGUGGAAGCAACGACAGAGUAUGUUAAAAUGAACGGAAGUGCAACUGCGAAUUACUUGCUGCUGAAGAACAGGCGAAAACUUUGUCGUGACGAUUCUACGGAAGAUCCGCUCGCUGACUCUGGAGAUGAUGAUGACGACGACGAUGUUGAAGUGACGAUUGGUGUGAUACCGCCUGUAAAUGUGCAAUACAGUCUUAAAGGUUCCCUGGAUGUGAACGGUGAUGUAAGUCAAACAGGCAAGCUCGAUAUCGAUGCUGUUCCAAUGAUCAACGACAAGCCUAUCUAUGAUAUUGAUCUUGCACAAAUGGAGGAUCGCCCAUGGCGAAAACCUGGAGCAGACAUUACUGACUUACUUCAAUUAUGGAUUUACAGAAGGCAUCCUUCGGAACUUAUUUUCCUAGCAGUAAUCUCUGGCUACUUUUCCAUAGUCUCAUGUAAUAAAUUUCAAGAUACAUGGAAUACGUACUGUGAGCGGCAAAAGAAAUUAAGACAGGAAUAUGGAAAUCAGGCAGCAGCCAACAAAGCCUUGUUCUCAUCGAUUAACCUUGCCAACCCGCUUGGAAUGCCUCCAACUGGAGGCCGACAGUUGGUACCGCUGACUGAGGGAGCUGUUAAGGUUUUGACCGACAACGGUGGGAAGUUCAAGCCACAUUACCACAAACUUGCUACAGAUACAUCGGAGCCAAUUAUGAGAACGGUUAUUGCUGGUCCACAACCAUCAAAUGCUCCAACCGGACCCCCUGGAGUGACACCAGCUCCUGCUCCUGUCGUUGAUUUCAGUAAACCUCCACCAGGAUUGCCGCCUACUGCGCCGCCUCCUACACAGACAGUACCACCAAUUCAUAUUAUGGAUGGUCCUCCCGGUGUCGAUAUAAUUGGGCCGCCCGGAGUUGAUGGUCCACCAGGAGUCGAUUUGGAACCACAAACAAUACCCACCCUAGGGUCGGGAAGUGGACUGGAUUUGUCAAUGCCUCCUCCAGGAUUUAAUCCGUCACUGCCUCCUCCAGGCAUGCGACCACCUCAGAUGGCGAUGCCUAUGACAAACAUGCCGCCACCUGGCUUUAAUUCUAUGCUACCUCCACCAGGAUUUGCUCAGAAUCGAUACUCUUCAAGUACACCUGGGUUGGGUCGACCUCCUCCGUUGAUGGGACGAGAUUUCGACCCACUGUUGAAAAGAGAGCCGUCUGAUUUUGAUGAGAGUGAGGACGACCGGAGGCGGCACAAGAGGCGCAGUCGAUCAAGAAGUCCUUCCAAGCGUGAUUCGAGACGAAGUCGCGACACUGGACGAGAUCGUGAACGUGAUGAACGGCGUGAACGCGAAAAAGAACGUGACAAGGAGAGGGAAAAAGAUCGUGACAAAGAUCGAGACAAGGAGCGCGACCGUGAGAGGGAAAGGGAACGUGAACGAACAGAACGCUCCGAGCGAAGCACUAGGCGGCAUCGUUCAAGAAGCGGUAGCGCUGAAGGUCGCAAACGUCGUGAUGAUCGUGAUAAGGAUAAGAAGCGUGAAAGACGGGAUGAAGAUGGUGAUAGGAAGAGAAGGCGACACGAUAAGGAGAAGGACAAGGACGACGAUGGAGAUCGGCGAGACAGACGAAGCGACGAUCGCGACCGGCGGGAAAAGCGAUCGCGACGCGAUGACCGUGGCGAAAAAGAGGACAAGGAAGAUCGCGAGAAAGAAAGAGACAAGGAAAAGGAUAAGGAAGGACCGUGA